GUAGCGCUCGCGCUCCACAGAAAGUGUCUCCCGCUUCACUGACAGUACAGGCGGACAGGGGGCGGACCUGCGAGAGGAAACUUCACAGAAACAAUAGCAUUCACUCCGCUGACCUCCAUAUAACUGAUGUUAAUAAUAGCGGUAAUAUUUCCCAAGACAGUCACCGGUGACUGCUGACGGGUUGCAACGGUGUCUAGCGCCUGGCGAAGGAAUAACGUUAGCAGGAAAACGGAGAGAACGGUGAGGUGAAUUAACGUUUGGGAAAUAGAGAAGGAGGACAGUGAGAAGUACGCGGACUGAUCCACAGGUAGCCCCACGUUAGCUGCCGUGGCACAAGAUAUCAAAGUGCAGGCGGGUCAUGCGGAGCGCCGCGUCGCAGCAGUAAACGGCGGGGAAGAGAAGAGGCAGCAGACCGAAGAACCGCAGCGCCGCUCUGCCGCUCCGUCUGCCGUCAUAGGGAAGAGCCACAAUGUCCCGGAGAAAGCAGAGCAAACCCCGGCAGAUAAAGCUGUCAUACUGGAGAUUAAAGUUUAGGAAGCUACAGCUGGAAUGGAAAAUUGACAACAGCAGUACAGUUUGUUUGGUUCCCUCGGGGACCUCAGUGGCGAGGAGGAAAACACAGCGGACCACCUCAGCCUAUCAGGAGAGGAGGGCGGAGCCUCGGACCCAGAUGACUCAGCAGAGGGGGACAGCUCCAGCCCCCCCCCAUACCCAGCGCUGUACAACCAAGAAAGCAGGACGCAGGACUCUGGACGAGGCCCCGGUGAUGAAGACAAGGGCGGAGAGGAGCCGGGUCCAACACACAGCGGCGGGGAGGAUGAGGAGGAAGGAGAGGAAGAAGAGGAGGUGUUGCAGUGGAGGGGGCCAGGUCAGUCAUUCCGUGUUUAGAUCUAACCAAAACAGAUGUUCUGACGCAAAAAGAAGUGAACCAUAAUGUUGGGUGUGAAGCCAUUCCUUGAUCUGCUUCACUAAAGGAUUAAGAUUCCUUUUAGUGUAGAAGCAUCAGCUGUUCACAUUCCAUAUUGACCAAACAGAAGCAUUCCUUUUU